CCACGACAGACACACGGCGUGCGCGUCCACGUGCGUCCACUGUGCGCGCCGCCGUUCCUGCGGAAUUCAGGAGGCAGUGGUCGGACUCCGAAAGACUCCUACCUAGAAAAUAAUGAACAACAAAUUUGACGCCUUGAAAGAUGAUGACAGUGGAGACCACGACCAGGACCAAGGCUCACCGAAAGACAGUGAGAAGGAAAAAACCGAAGACGAGGAAAAGGAACAGAACACCUCCAAGAAAAAGAUGGUGGUGCCAGGGGCAGGAGAGCACCCUCUUCAGUACAACUACACCUUCUGGUACUCCAGACGCACUCCAGGGAGACCGGCCAGUACUCAGAGCUACGAGCAGAACAUUAAACAGAUUGGCAGCUUCGCCUCGGUGGAGCAGUUCUGGCGUUUCUAUAGUCACAUGAUCCGGCCAGGCGACCUGACAGGCCAUAGUGACUUCCAUCUCUUCAAGGAGGGUAUUAAACCCAUGUGGGAGGAUGAUGCCAACAAGAUGGGUGGGAAGUGGAUCAUCCGAUUGAGGAAAGGCCUGGCGUCUCGUUGCUGGGAGAACCUGAUCCUGGCCAUGCUCGGGGAGCAGUUCAUGGUUGGAGAGGAGAUCUGUGGGGCCGUGGUGUCAGUACGCUUCCAGGAGGACAUCAUCUCCAUCUGGAACAAAACAGCUAGUGACCAGGCGACCACCGCCCGCAUCAGAGACACCCUGCGUAGAGUCCUCAACCUGCCUCCCAACACCAUUAUGGAGUACAAGACUCACACAGACAGCAUUAAAGCAUGGGAAGACUUCCAUGGACUGGUGAAUGCUAGUGGCGGACGUUAGCCCCGCAAACAGAGAACCUCUGCCAGAGUGUGUGUAUAUGUGAUGUGCUGGGGGAUGUCGAGUCCAGGGAAGGAUACCUCUACGUGGAUUGGCACUGUGUAACAAGAAGACAGAGCAAAGGCAGGAACAGAGGCAAGAAGACCAUUCCUUCUCUGAGUCUAAAAUUGGAAAUGAACAGAAAAGCCUGUCAACAAAAACACUGAACUAAGCCGAAGAGAGAAAUAUGCGUUAUUUUUAAUCAACCAGAGAAGAAUGAAGCCUCCAGUUUUUAUUUUUUAUUUUUGUUAAUGCAAGGUGUGACAUCUGUAAACUUGCCACCAGAGGGAGGCCACGUGACUGGUGUUUGCUGAUCUGGUCAUUAGCUGUUAACAAAGUGUACUUGACAAAAUACAACAAAACCAAUAUGUUACAAUACUAUUUCUGGAUUCAUCGCUUAACAUAACAUCACACACCUCCUGCUGUUUAAAAUUAGUCUGUGUUAAUCUGUUUCAUUGGGACUCAAACAGGGUUGCAGGUAGAUGUUAUUUUAUUACAGUGCUGUAUUUUAACUACGAUUUCUCUGGUCAUUUCGAACUAGAAUGAUUACUAUUAUUGUGUACGAUAUAUUUGUAAAUACAGUCCAUGUCAAAGAUCACUAAA